AUGGUCCAACCCAACUUCAGUAACCCCCGUAAAGCCCAAGCCGAGUUAUCUUCUUCGUCAACAGCCGCACUCGAUGCUUUUUUGGAUACCCAACAUCAAUCGUACUAUGAAGAAAUAUACAAAUCCGAAGCUGCUUGUUUAUGUAUCCUGAGACAACUCCCUGAGAUAUGUAGAUACAUAAUCUUACACUUCAUAUGGUCACAUCAACCUGUCAAGUCUUCAGAUCUGAAGGCUUUGUUGAGGAUGGAUCAGUUCAGUCCACUGUCACAGGUCGCCAAUGACAUUCAACCAGCUAUCAAAAGGAAAAUCUUUCAACCUCUCGAACUACAACAAGGUAAACGGGGACAUCAUACACCUAUGAAUGAUGUGUUCAAACGAGGUUUAAGGAAUGCUUUGACCGGAUCCGGAACUUCCAACUCCUUCGGUCUGCCCUAUCCUCUAUCUCCCACAGACGAGUAUCCCUCAGAGUCUCAACUGAUCCAAUUCGGUGAUCGAACAUGGGAAUCCAUUUUGAAAUACAUGGUAUCAUCAGGACUAGACAGAGGUUUUCCUGUCGCCCGACCAGAAACUUCCGUACUUCGAUUAUUACAUUCUAGUGGACUCAUGGCGGAUCUCUCGGAGUCAAAUGGGAGACAACAAUCUUUGGAUAGGAUGACCAUUACGUCUCAAGGGUUUCAAUUCUUAUUGGAAGAUCGACAAACUCAGUUGUGGCAGAUUUUGGUAUUUUAUCUAACUUCCAUCGAGGUGAGUUGCAUUUCUUCCGCUCCCGUCCUCUCCCUCUUCUUUUCUCUCGGAUGUAUGCAAAUCACCCAGUCAUAUUCCCUCUCCACAUUCUCGAACCCCACACAACUCCAAGCCCUCGACGAUCUUCAAUCCUAUGGUCUCAUAUACCGUCCCGCGACACCAUCAGGGGCAAAAGCAGAUUACUUCUUCCCAACUCAUCUUUCCACCUCAUUAUGUUCUGGAAAUUCUGCUCUCAGCGCAGCACUAAACACCACCGAAAUCGACACCUCUCAUGAAGAUGACAAGAAGUUUUUGAUAUUAGAAACCAACUAUAAAAUCUACGCUUAUACGAAUAACGAACUGGAAAUUGCCAUUUUGAAUUUGUUCAUGGAUAUCAAGGUUCAAUAUAGGAAUCUAGUGGUGGGUAAGUUGGACAGAGCGCAUGUGAAAGCCGCUAUGGAGAAGGGUAUUUCGGCUUAUCAGAUCAUCGCAUAUCUUCAAAGUCACGCCCAUCCUCAAAUGUAUAGCUCUCCUCCUCCUAUACUUCAUACCACCAUUGUUGAUCAACUUCAUUUAUGGGACAAAGAACGUAAUCGUCUACGAACAGAAGAGUCUGAGAUGUUCGAAUUCUUUUCGAAAGACCUGUACGAAGAUACCGAAGCCGAGGCGAAACGAUACGACGGGCUGCUCCUCGCUGUGCCGAAGGACAAAUUGUUGUUCGUAAAUCCGAGCGUCAAGGAUGCUAUAAAGGACUUUGUCAAGGGUCAACAACGACAAUUGAGGGGAAUGUAA